CACUUAGACUCGACUUAGGGUAAGCAACUGCCAGUAAGACCAAUAUUUUGAGUUGGCUUGGUCAAGAUGCCUCUCAUCCGCAUAGAAGUGAGCGAUUUCAAGUCGUAUCGGGGCCACCAAGUCAUCGGACCCUUCAAGAAUUUCACCUCCGUUAUCGGCCCUAAUGGCGCUGGAAAAUCAAAUCUUAUGGAUGCAAUCUCUUUUGUGCUUGGUGUUAAGAGUGCGCAGCUGCGCAGUAGCCAACUGAAAGAUCUUGUCUACCGCGGGCGCCGGCUCGCUAAAGGCCCCUUGGAUGGUUCUGAGGCCACACAAGAUCAGGAGGACGAUGAUAAUAGCGAUGGCGAGGGUGAGGGUGAAGGGACUGCGAAGAAAGCAUGGGUGCUUGCAGUGUUCCAGGAUGAAAAGAGAAAGGAAUGGUUAUUCCAACGAACAAUAUCAACCACUGGAGCGUCUGAAUACCGUCUCAACAACAAAGUUGUCACCUACACCGCGUACAAUGCCGCCCUGACAUCCCACAACAUCCUCGUCAAAGCCAAGAACUUCCUCGUCUUCCAGGGUGAUGUCGAAGCUGUUGCGUCUCAGUCCCCAAGAGAGCUUUCCCGCCUCAUAGAACAGAUUUCAGGUUCUCUUGAGCUUUCACAGGAAUAUGAGAAAGCGAAGGAAGCCCAAGAACGCGCAACAGAGAACGCAACCUUCAACUUCACGAAGAGGAGAGGCAUCGCAGGCGAAAUAAAACAGUAUAAGGAACAAAAGGGCGAGGCAGAACGAUUUGAGAGCUUGUGUGAUCAAAAAGAUGAUCUUAUCCUGAAACGUAUUCUUUACAAGCUUUUCCACAUCGAAGAGGCACUCGAAGCGAAUGCCCGCGACAUUCAAACAAAAUCUAAAGCCCUCGCUGGCCUCCGUACAGAACAUGGAGAACACGAGAAGUCUCUUGAGGAUGCACGUGCAGAGCAAGCAAGGGCCCGCACAGCAGUCGUACGAGAGGAUAAGAAAGUCAAGAAGGCCGAAAAGGCAUUGGAAGCCAAGGAACCUGAGCUAGUGGAGGUGGACGCCCAGAUCAAGCACUCAUCCCGAAAGCUGCAAAAUUCCCAGAAGAUGCAGGAACAAGUUGGUAAUGAUGCUGAACGUCAGCAGGCUAAGCUCCACUCACUCACGCGUGACCUUGUCAAUGCUAGGCAGGCAGCAGACGAGGCAGCAGAGGCCCACAGACGUGCAUCUCAACAGAAUACUUCCCUCAGCGAAAACAGUCUAGCCGAAUAUCGCUCACUAAAAGCAUCUGCUAGCGUCCUUGCAGUUUCUGAGCGUCAAGCUCUAGAGACGCUCAGCCGAGACGAGAAGACUGCCUCCCGGACACUUACACAAGUGAGAGCCAAACAUGAAGAGUUGGAACGUAGCUCGGAAAGACUGCGUGGCGACGAGGAAACCCAGCAAGCCAACAAGUCCGAGCUGGAGCAAAAGCUCGCUUCCCUCCAGGGCGAUCAUGCGCGCUCAAAGCAAGAGUACGAAAACCAGCAGAGUGAGCGGACGAGGAUAAGCCGUCUUGAGACCGAGACGAACGAAAAGCUCGCAGAUGUCUAUCAGCGCUUGCUCCAAGCAGGCGUCGACAGGAACGAAUCCGAGCGCGAGGCAAAACUCAAGGAAACGCUCGCCAGUUUGCAGCGCAUCUUCCCAGGCGUCCGCGGGCGCGUGGUCGACCUCUGCAAACCCACACAGCGCAAGUACGAGACCGCUGUUUCUGUUAUCCUUGGGCGUAAUAUUGAUGCUGUCGUCGUGGACGAAGAAAAAACUGCUAUCGAAUGCAUCGACUAUAUGCGCACCCAGCGCGCCGGCCAAGCUACUUUUCUUCCCCUUGACACGAUCAGCACGAAGCCAAUCAAUGACAAGUUCCGCUCAUUCGCCAGAGGCGCGCGUCUCGCGGUCGACGUGAUCCAAUAUGAGUCAGCCGUGGAGCGCGCAAUGCUCCAUGCAUGCGGGAAUGCACUUGUGUGUGAUACGAUGGACGUAGCGAGGUAUGUGUGUUGGGAGCGCGGGCAGGAGGUGAAAGCUGUUACAUUAGAGGGCACUGUCAUCCACAAAAGUGGUCUUAUUACUGGUGGGCGCAGUACACACGGGGGAGGAAAGAAGUGGGAGGAGAAGGACGUGCAAGGCCUUACCCGUCUCCGUGACAAUCUCGUGGCGCAGCUUCAGGAACUGAAUCGCUCGAAACCAAGAGGCAAGGCGGACGAGAACGUUAUCGCUGAAAUCACGCGACUAGAGAGUGCUAUAACUGUUGUAAGAGACGAUCUGAGUGCCUGCAGAUCCCGGUACACCGGCAUCAAAGAGGAGCUAAAGCACGCCGAGCGGGAGCUCAAGAAGCUCUCUCCCGAGCUCAAAAAGGCUCAAGCCUCACACUCGAAACUCUCCUCGCAAAUUGCAAAACUCCAAUCUGUGAUCGACUCGGCUGAAGACGGUAUUUUUGCCUCGUUUUGCUCCCAGAUCGGUGUCGAGAAUGUUCGGGAGUACGAGGAGCGUCAGUUGAAAGUCGCCGAGGAGGAAAGUCAGGCGCGACUUAGAUUCGAUCAGCAGGUUGCGAGGCUGACGCACCAGUCUCAGUUUGAAGAGGAGCAGUUGAAGCUGACACAAUCGCGUCUGGCGACGCUGCGGAGCGCGGCUGAAGAUGAGCAACGGAAAGUAGCGGAGCUGGAAGAAAAGAAACGGACUAUUCAGGUUGAGAUCACGGAAGCGCAGGAGGGCAUCGCACAGCUUCGAGAAACGCUGCAAGGCCUUAAUGACGUGCUCGAGGAGAGGAACAAGCAUGUCGACCAUGCGAAAAAGACACAUGCUAAGGCUGCUAAGAUACUUGACCAGGCUCUCAAGGAGAUUGGUCUGAAGAACGACGAGAUCGAGAAGCUGGCAUUAGAACGAUCGGCAACCUACAGGAAAUGCAGGCUUGAGGACAUCAAGCUAUCUCUGCUGGAAGGAAAUUUGAAGAACGUUCCAAUGGAAGAGAACCUUCGAGAGGAGGUAGCGAUGGACGUUGAUGAUGAUGAUGGUACCCAACGACCACGACAAGUCCAUGAUUAUGGGAUUGAAGUUGACUUUGACUCUCUGACUGAGGAGGAGCGUGCGGACAAUUCUCCCGAGACUACUGCUGAGUUCGAUGCACAAAUUACGAAACUCAACGGAGAGAUCGAGCGAAUGGCUCCCAACCUGAAGGCUAUAGAAAAGCUAGACGACGUCGAGGCCAAGCUUGCAGACACAGAGAAAGAAGCUGAUAAAGCACGGAAAGACUCGAAAAAUGCGCGCGAUCAGUUCAACGACGUCAAGCGACAAAGAUGCGAGUUAUUCAACAAGGCGUACAACCACAUUUCAGAUUGUAUCGAUCAGGUCUAUAAAGACCUCACUAAGGGGAAGGCGUCGCCGAUGGGAGGCGUCGCAUACCUUAGUUUGGAGGACAGUGAGGAACCUUACAAUGCCGGCAUCAAAUACCAUGCCAUGCCCCCGAUGAAGCGAUUCCGCGACAUGGAACAACUCUCGGGCGGGGAGAAGACCGUGGCCGCUCUGGCUCUCCUUUUCGCUAUACACAGUUAUCAACCUGCACCGUUCUUUGUUCUUGAUGAAGUAGAUGCUGCUCUGGACAAUACCAACGUUGCCAAGAUCGCCAACUACAUCCGAAGCCAGGCGUCUGACUCCUUCCAGUUCAUCGUCAUCAGCUUGAAGGGUUCAUUGUACGAGCGUGGUAAUUCUCUUGUUGGAAUAUACCGUGAUCAAGAUGUAAAUAGCUCCCGCACGCUGACCUUGGAUCUCACUCAAUACGAUGAAUAGUGGAGCUUUUUAUUGCUAUUUUGCUAUCGUGAGCUGCAUGCGUGUUUACCUGUAAUUUUUAUUGGCUGCAUUUGGCCGAUUGAUAAUUUAUCCAACGUAACCUUGUAAUUUUAGCUGGACUCGGAGGACGAUUUCAAUGGCCGGAGUC